UGCUGGUCACGUGCACAGGGCAUCGGCGUACAUAGCACGGUAAAACAUUUCUACCCAUUUCCACACCUUUUCUUACCAUUCACAGGCUUCCAGCGAACGUUUGAUAGCCAAUGAGUUCCUCAAGCAGUGCACAGAGCGUAGAAACGGACUCUUCAGGAUGUGUUGUGUGUGCCUCGAUGGACCCUACGUGUCCCAGCUGUCCUGAUGGUGAGCAGUGCGUGUUGACGAUUCAGACGUGUACCCAGUGUCCACAGACCGUUUGCCAGAGCAUUGACGGGAAAUCAGGGACGCAAACGGACAGUUCUAAUGGUGUCAGUGUUGGUGGAAUCACAGGUGGUGUUAUUGGCGGGGUAGCUGUGCUGCUGCUGUGUUUGUUCGCCUUUUACUUCUUGUACUACAAGAAGAAGGUUGCCUUCAACAGGGUGAGGCAAAAGGAGUAUUACUUUGACGACGACGUGGAGAUCAACUUCCACCACCGUCCACACGACCCUAGUGAGUUGGAGAAGCCUGCUCAGCGGACAAGUAUGGCCACGACGAUGUUCACAAGAGCAAGCAACAUCAUUCCCAUCGCGUACAUCCCAGGCGUCACUAUUGGUAAGAAUUCAAGAGACUCCACAGUCACGGUGGACUCCCAGGACACCGGGGGCGACCGCUUCUCCAAGGUGAGCAUCGUGGGCAACCCGUCGCUCACCACUACUGCAAUACGGGCGACGCCCAAGUUGGUUAACGUCACUGGGAGCCGUCAUCACCAGGAUCUGAGCCAUGACGCGGAGCCGAGAGCUGGACUCGACGGUGUUCCGUCCACCGCUGUGAAUGCCCAGCAGCUGGGUGGCGUGAGAAGUGUACGCAUAGAUCGUCAACGGAAGCCUACGUUUGCGCCUAUCGACGAUGACCUCAUCGAAGAAGUUGAAGAGGACGAUAGUCAAAGCGUCAUCACGAAGAGAGACCAGAGCACGGUCUUGACAGAGGAUUACGAUCCUUUCAUCGUCGACGACGAUGAACUAGACAGUGACGAUGAUGCCAGAUCCACAAGAUCAGCAAGGUCGACCGGAAGUGUCCUGCUUGAGGUUGAAAUGGAUCCUCGUAACCCAUUUGAGAGUAACGCCUAAAGCACAGAUUCUCACUAUUUCGGAACAGUCCGAAAAACAGAUACCCGAAACCAAAACCAAGGCCCGAAAACAGGGGAAAAAAGAAGCACUUCACCGCGUAAACU